AUGGCGACAGUGGUCACCGUACAGGAGACUGUUGCAGCAUGUGACUCCUUAAAACACUGUGACUCAUCUGCUUCUGUGACUACAACAAUGUCCGUAUUUGUGGAUGGGAAAGAAGUUUCUCCAUUGGUAGAGAUUCUUCAGGUGAGGAGGGGACAGCGUGGUCCUAGAAGACCUCUAGGAACUGCAGGCUACAAGGGACAAUGGGGUCCAACAGGUGACACAGGACUGAGAGGUGACCAGAAGAGAAGUGUGUGGGAAGGGCUGGAAGGGACACAUGGAGUCCCUGGUGCCUGAGGAUUGAUGGGGCCCAAAGGAGACCCUGAAGUCCUUAGAAAAAGGGCUGCCAACAUGUGGAGCUCACUGAGGCUCGUCUCAGCGUUUGUGAUGCUGGUUUUUGCCACCGUGCACGCGGGAGUGAAGGUGACCCCAGCUGUGAAGUACACGAAGACAAAGCCCUUGCAGCUGGUGGGCAGCGGUGCCUCCCACUCCCCCCUCACCCCACUCCCAGCAGCACCGGGCAGAGCCGAGUUACCCAGCCCGACCCCCGCAGCCCGAGGGACCACAACACUCUUCCCCUACGACAACUACACACUCGACACGGCUGAUUUCUUCUUCAACUGCUGUGACUGCUGCCCACCUGCUGCGGGGUCCCGGGGGCAGCCGGGGGAGCAGGGACCCCCAGGUCCCAAGGGGGAGAAGGGAGAUGCUGGUCUGCAAGGUCUGCCGGGAACCCCAGGCCCUCAAGGUCCAAAAGGUUCUAAAGGAGAAAGAGGGGAGCAAGGCGAGCGAGGAGUAAGUGGAAACCCUGGUUAUCCAGGCAAACCUGGACUGCAAGGUGAAGCUGGAGUAAAAGGCAAUAAGGGCAACUACGGCUUCCCUGGACUGAAGGGACAAAAGGGGUCCAAAGGGGACACUUGUGAGAACGGGACCAAAGGAGACAAGGGAGAUAGGGGGGAUGCUGGAGAGCCAGGAGUGGGUGGAGAACAGGGUGACAAAGGGGAAAAGGGGGACACAGGGGAGAAGGGGUACUGUGGGGAGCCAGGGGGGAGAGGUGCGAAGGGGGAGAGAGGGGAAGGGGGGACAAAGGGAGAAAAAGGGAGCAAAGGGGAAAUGGGGGAUGAGGGUAUUCAGGGGGUGGAUGGAAAACAGGGAGAAAAGGGUGAGCAAGGAAGAAAGGGUGAAAAAGGGGACCUGGGACCUGCUGGAGUGGCAGGACCUUCUGGGCCCAAGGGGGUAGCUGGCAGCAAGGGGGGCCGAGGGGCCCCAGGAAAGAAAGGGUCCCGUGGGGCGAAGGGUGCCCGAGGGGACACUGCAAAGCUCCUGCGAUCAGCAUUCAGCGCCGGCUUGUCCAAGCCCUUCCCUCCGCCCAAUGUCCCCAUUAGAUUUGACAAGAUCUUAUACAAUGACCAAGAAGAUUACAACCCUUCCACUGGGAAAUUCAACUGCAGCGUGCCCGGGGCGUACGUCUUUGCCUACCACCUGACGGUGAGAGGGCGUCCAGCCCGCGUCAGCCUUGUUGCCCGCAACAGGAAGGUGGCCAAAGCCCGUGAGACGCUCUACGGCCAGGAGAUCGACCAGGCAUCCUUCCUGACUGUCCUGAAGCUGAGUGCGGGCGACCAGGUGUGGCUGGAGGUUGCACGGGACUGGAAUGGGGUCUACGUCAGCGCUGAGGAUGACAGCAUCUUUACGGGGUUUCUUCUGUAUCCAGAUGUUUUUGAGAUCCUGCUAUAG